AUGUUUUCAGACGCUCCUGUUCAGAGAUUGAAGGUUCAGAGAUUGAAGGUUCAGAGACUGAAGGUUCAGAUAUUGAAGGUUCAGAGACUGAAGGGUCUCCAGAUCCUGAUGAUCCCGUGGAUCCUGCAGGAGAUCUUGGUUAUUCUGGUGAUCCUGGAAAUCCUGGUGAUCCUGAAGAUCCUGGAAAUCCUUGUGAGAGUGUUGGAUUAUCGGUGGAGGAGACUGAACCUGCUGUGCCACCCAGCUCCGUUUAUCCAGAGAAUCCGAGGGAUCACAGCGCUGUUCUGGACCGUCGCUCUGUGGCCUGGAGGAGCUUUACGACCUUCUGCCGUAGAUUCACCUGUAGAGGUGAGAGUGUUGGAUUAUCGGUGGAAGAGACUGAACCUGCUGUACCACCCAGCUCCGUUUAUCCAGAGAAUCCAAGAGAUCACAGCACUGUUCCGGACCGUCGCUCUGUGGCCUGGAGGAGCUUUACGACCUUCUGCCGUAGAUUCACCUGUAGAGGUGAGAGUGUUGGAUUAUCGGUGGAGGAGACUGAACCAGCCCCACCACAGAGCUCCGUCCGUCCAUUCUACUCCUCCUCCAGAUUCUGAUGGCUGUGACACCAAAACAUCGUCUUCGGUCUAA